AUGACAAAUCCGCCCCCCAGCAGCAGCAGCUACAAUAACAACAACAAUUACAACACGCAUAAUAGUAUUAAUCAAUUUGGUGGCAGCAACAAUGUGGCAAGUGGCGGCAUUGAGGCGACCACACUGAAAUAUGGCAACACCGGCAGCGGGAGCAACAAGGGUGAUUUGAGCACAUCAUCAUCAUGCGGCUCGUCGUCGGCAUCGUCGUGUGGCUCUCUAAACAGCCACAGUGCGGAUCAUCAUCAACAUUACCAAUAUCAGCUGCAGCAACAGCAGACGCCCCGCUGCCCACAUCAUGUACCACUGCCGGACAGCGAGUACGGACAGGAUCGUCAUCUGCAAAUACGCAGCAGCUAUCAGCAAUCGGAAAUCACACGCUCCUACACGAAGCCGCCGCCCAAUAAGACCGUACGCGAUGUGCCCGAACAGCAGAUUAGUUGUAGUGCAGCUGCUGCUGCUGCUGCCUCCAAUUAUCGUUUGACAACGUGCGCAACGUCCACCUCCAACUCCACGUCCAACAACUCCAUCAGCGCCGCCUCCUCCUCGUCGGCGGCGGCUGCCAGUGCUCUUGCGGCGGCAGCAACCAAAUCCAAACCGAAUGCCAUAACAAAGUUCUUCUCACGCAUCAGUUCGCCCAAGUCGCCGACGGGACAGGCGGGUACAACAACGCCAGCGUGCUCAUCCUCACUUGCCUCAUCCGCGUCCAUGUCCUCAUCAGCGUCCAGCAUUCCCUCCUGUGUGUCGGCAUCGUCAUCGGCCUCCUCGUUGGCAGCGGCACCGCUUCAAUCGCUGCCCAUCUCCAAUGCGGCGACCCUGAAGAGUACCGCCUGCAGUUUUGGCAGCACAACGACCACAACAACCACAACGACAACGCACGACUUGAAUCCGAAUCCGCAUCUGCAUCCGGAGCAGGAGGAGACGACGCAAUAA